GCUGGUGAGUCACAGAGGAGAUGGCAAGCUGCCUUAAAGUUAUCUGGACGCUGAGAUUCCAGAGUGUGGUCCUCGGAGCGGUUCAACUCCUCUGGUUCAGCGCCUUGAUCUCUGAGCUAACAAAUCAGAAAGAAGUGGCUGCAUGGACCUAUAACUAUAGCACAAAAGCAUACUCGUGGAAUUACUCACGGGCAUUCUGCCAGAAGCACUUUACAGAUUUAGUGGCCAUCCAGAAUAAGAACGAAAUCACCUACCUCAAUGAUGUCAUUCCCUACUUCAGCUCUUACUACUGGAUUGGGAUUCGAAAGAUUAAUAAUAAGUGGACUUGGGUGGGAACUAAAAAGACUCUCACAGAGGCGGCUGAGAACUGGGCUGCCAAUGAGCCCAACAACAAGAGGAACAACCAGGACUGUGUGGAGAUUUACAUCAAGAGUGAGAUGGCCCCUGGCAAGUGGAAUGAUGAGCCCUGCUGGAAAAGAAAGAGAGCCCUGUGCUACACAGCCUCUUGCCAGGACAUGUCCUGCAACAACCGAGGAGAGUGCAUCGAGACUAUUGGGAACUACACUUGCUCCUGCUAUCCAGGAUUCUAUGGACCUGAGUGUGAAUAUGUCCGACAGUGUGGGGAAUUUGACCUUCCUCCACAUGUGUUCAUGAACUGCAGUCAUCCUCUGGGAAACUUCUCUUUCAACUCACAGUGUGCCUUCCACUGUGCUGAAGGGUACGAAUUGAAUGGACCCAGCAAGCUGGAAUGUUUGGCUUCUGGAAUCUGGGCAAAUAAUAAGCCCCCACAGUGCGUAGCUGUGCAGUGUCAGACUCUGGAAGCCCCUGGCAAAGGAACCAUGGACUGUGUGCAUCCGCUUGCCACCUUCGCAUAUGGCUCCAGCUGUAAAUUUGAGUGCCAGCCUGGCUAUCGAGUGAGGGGGUUGGACACACUCCGCUGUGCUGGAUCUGGCCAGUGGACUGCACCCUUGCCAGCUUGUGAGGCCAUUGCCUGUGAGCCACUGGAGAGCCCCACUCAUGGAAGUAUGGAGUGUUCCCCAUCCUCAAGCACAUUUCCAUACAACACCAACUGCAGCUUCCAUUGUGCUGAAGGCUUCUCGCUGAGAGGAGCCAGUGUCACUCAGUGUGCUGACCUGGGCCAAUGGACAGCGCCAGCCCCGGUCUGUCAAGCUUUGCAGUGCCAGGAUUUCCCAGUUCCAAGAAAGGCCAAGAUGAAUUGCUCACAUCCUUUUGGAACUUUUCAGUAUCAAUCGGUCUGCAGCUUCUCUUGUGCUGAAGGUUCCCUCCUGGUAGGAGCGCGUGCAAUCCGCUGCAUGGCUACAGGACACUGGAGUGCUGCUCCUCCAGAAUGCCGGGCUAAGACCUGCACACCUUUGUUAAGCCCUCGGAAUGGAACAAUGACAUGUGUCCAGCCUCUUGGAGGUUCCAGCUACAAAUCCACAUGUCAAUUCAACUGUGAUGAAGGGUUUUCAUUAUCUGGACCAGAAAGACUGGAUUGUACUUCAUCUGGACACUGGACAGCCUCCCCUCCAACAUGUAAAGUCAUCAAGUGCCCAGAACUCUUUGCGCCAGAGCAAGGCAGGUUGGAUUGUUCCCACACUCAUGGACAAUUCCGUGUUGGCUCCACCUGCCAUUUCUCCUGUAACAAGGGCUUUGUGAUAGAGGGAUCAAGCAAUGUGAGAUGCACCAGUUCUGGAAGAUGGUCCACAUCUCCACCAAUCUGCAAAGCAGGUGUAGCAUCACUUCCUCCUAGAGAGGUGAAAUGCCCAGCCCUCACCCUUCCUGCACAGGGAACAAUGUCCUGCAGAUAUUCCCAGGGAGCCUUUGGUUUGAAUACUAUGUGUGACUUUGUAUGCAAAGCUGGAUUCACACUCAUAGGAGACAGCACUCUCAGAUGCGGGCCUUCAGGACAAUGGACAGCAGCAACUCCAGCUUGCAGAGCCAUCAAAUGCUCAGAACUGCACAUUAGUCCACCAAUAGUGAUGAACUGUUCCAAUCCCUGGGGGAACUUCAGCUAUGGGUCAACCUGCGCUUUUCACUGCCCAGAGGGUCAAUUACUUAAUGGCUCUGCAAAAGCAGCAUGCCAAGAAAAUGGCACCUGGUCAACUAUCAUGCCAACCUGCCAAGUGGGGUCAUUGACGGUCCAGCAAGCCCUGACUUACUUUGGUGGAGCUGUGGCUUCUUCAACAGGUCUGGCACUGGGUGGGACACUCCUGGCUCUUCUAAGAAAACGCUUGAGAAAGAAAGAUGAUGGGAAAUGUCCUUUGAAUCCUCACAGCCACCUAGGAACAUAUGGAGUCUUUACAAAUGCUGCAUUUGAACCAAACCCUUGAAGAGACCUGCCCUUUCUCCUUUUACCUUGUCUAAUCUCUGAGGAUCUGCUUGGUGAACAGCAAGCUUCCUACUAGACUUGACUUUGGCUGUAGCACAUUUGUAAAGUUUUCUGUAAAUAACUGUGAAUAAAAGACAUGGACCAUUUUUCUUUAUUAGCUUGACCGGAGCAGAAGAGUCAUGCCACAUUCCCACCUCUCUACCCACCACCCCCUCCUGCCCCACUGUUCCUCUUCUUCCCACACAAGCCACAGAGGCCAGCAGCAAAUGGUUCUGCUGCUCUUUGUGAGCUUUGGCCUGAGACAGGAGCAUCUGACUCACCAGAAGAGCAGACUGGGAAGAAAUGAAAAUACUGUUUUUUUGCUUUUGGAUUAAAAGAAGGCAUUUUAUAUGUUGUUGGAAGACAAGAGUCUCUAACUUGAGGUAAAUCUUGGAAGAUCUAGAGUUUUCAGUGGUUGCUGUCACUGAGUUCACUUAGUCCCUCAGAUACUGAGGCUUCUACAGAAACUUCUGGAUGUCACUAGAAGCUACAAAAGACCAUUUCGAUGGGAGGUUACAUCUCACUGUAGAUGUUUCCUGAAGCAAAGGACCCAAAUAUCAGUAUUUGAAUGUGUAAUUAAAAAGGUC